CCGCAGUCGAAAGUCGGUCAGGCGCAGGCGCAGCCCAUUUUGCUACUCCAUCGGCAGACGAGUGAGCGAAUCGCUCCGCCGCCAUCAUGUCCUCCCAAAACGAAGCGAACGAUGCGGAGAAGAACAUCGAGAUAUGGAAGGUGAAGAAGCUCAUCAAAAGAUUGGAGCAGGCGCGAGGAAACGGCACCAGCAUGAUCAGCUUGAUCAUUCCACCGAAAGAUCAGGUUUCGCGAGCCGCGAAGAUGUUGGCUGAAGAGUUCGGAACUGCCUCCAACAUCAAAUCCCGAGUCAACCGUCUUUCCGUCCUUUCCGCCAUUACCUCCACACAGCAGCGUCUCAAGCUGUACUCGAAAGUCCCUCCGAACGGCCUGGUGGUCUACUGUGGUGAAAUCAUCACCAGCGAAGGAAAAGAGCGAAAGAUAAAUAUCGACUUCGAACCAUUCAAGCCGAUCAACACCUCCUUAUAUCUCUGUGACAACAAGUUCCACACCGAGGCGCUUAGUGAGCUCUUGGAGUCCGACCAGAAGUUCGGAUUUAUCAUCAUGGACGGUAACGGAGCCCUCUUCGGUACACUCUCCGGAAACACCAGAGAUGUCAUUCAAAAGUUCAGCGUAGAUCUGCCCAAGAAGCACGGUCGUGGUGGUCAAUCUGCCUUGCGUUUCGCACGUCUGCGAGAAGAGAAGCGUCACAACUACGUCCGAAAGGUUGCCGAGUUGGCCGUGCAGAACUUCAUCACUGCCGAUAAGGUCAACGUGGCAGGUCUCAUCCUUGCUGGAUCGGCUGACUUCAAGAACGAUCUGAAUCAGUCUGAUUUGUUCGACCAGCGUCUUCAAGCCAAGGUCAUCAAGGUUGUUGAUGUAUCCUACGGUGGUGAGAACGGCUUCAACCAGGCCAUUGAGCUUUCUUCCGAGACUCUGUCCAACGUCAAGUUCAUUCAGGAGAAGAAGCUGAUCAACAAGUACUUCGAUGAGAUCAGCCAGGACAGCGGAAAGGUCUGCUACGGUAUUGAAGAUACUUUGAAGGCACUCGAGGCCGGAGCUUGCGAGACUUUGAUCGUCUACGAGAACUUGGAAAUGACUCGUUGGAUUCUCAAGAACAGCGAAGGCGGCGAAGUUAUCCUUCACACUACCAAGGAGCAGGAGAAAGAUCGCUCCAUUUUCAUGGACAAGGAUACUGGCCAGGAAAUGGACGUGGUCGAUUCGCAGGCAUUCUUGGAAUGGCUUGCCGAAAAGUACCGCGACUUUGGUGCUACUUUGGAAUUCGUCUCUGACCGCUCCUCAGAAGGCAACCAGUUCGUACGCGGAUUCGGUGGUAUUGGCGCCAUUCUCCGCUACAAGCUCAACUUUGAGCAACUCAACGCAGAUGAUGACGAAGAUGAGUUCUACGACGAUUGACCCUUGGAAACUCUCGCACAUGGCGAGGCGCUACGCGGUGAUGAAAUGACGCCGUUGAAGACCAACACGGUGCCUCCCAUGCAGCCCUUAGCGCAGGCUGCACCUGCUACUGCUCCAGCAGCCAACGGAGCAGAAGCGGAAGAAAAGGCGAAGGAGCCGAAGAUUGUGAGCAAGAAGCCCGCUUCGUUUGCUCAAAAGGUCAUCGCCAAGCAGAGUGCUUCAGCAGCGAAGAACACUAGCCACCGACCAAAUGUCUCUUCGCCACUGAGAGCGGGCAUCACAAUUUGACAUGCCGCGUCGACGACGAACAUCGACAUGCUCGUGUGCGGCCAUCCGACACAGGCCAUGACGGCCUUUUGCAAGGACGCACAGCAUGCUGAUGCCAAGUAAGCAAAGGCAUAAAGUGUGAUGAUGGAAUAUACGUCACAACAACAUGAUUCUGGAACUACAUGUAUGAUUGGUUGCGCUGCUUCAGUGAUUUCAAUUGAGCAAGAGACACUCGUUAAGAGAAAUGCUUUGGUCGACAUAACUGCGGAAUAUAGCUCGUCGAACUCAAUACACUCUUUCAAUGAAUGCCUCGCGCCCAACUUCCAUUUCGCAGUCUUGGCACGGGACCUGCGACCUAAAAUUUCCAUGCAUCUCAAAACGGCAGCAGCCGACUUCACCCCACGAGAAGGUCAGACAGCAUGGCCUACUGAGUCAUCUGCAACGUUCGUGCAUGUGCACGCGAAAGUCAUCCAGCAACCGACAGCACCUGGCCACUGCGAAGGCUUUGACUUGGAAAUUUUUGGAGACCAGAUUGAAGACAAGCCCCAGCUCUGGCAAUCCACCGCAAUGGCCGAAAAACCAGUCAUCGCUUUCCUGGGCCCAAAAGCCUCAUACACGCAUUCAGCAGCACUUUCGGCAUUUCCAGAAGAACAGUAUUCUCUCCAACCCCAGACAAGCAUCGAAGACGUCUUCACCUCAGUCCAAAACGGCUCGGCAUCAGCAGGCGUGGUCCCAUUCGAGAACUCCUCCAAUGGCUCCGUAAUUUUCACCCUCGACCUCUUCGCCGACCGCGACGGUAAACAUCCCGACAUCCACAUCACAGGCGAAGUCUACGUCUCCGUAAAACACUGUCUCCUCGGCCACAUUCCCCCAUCUCAAGACCCCAAUCAAACCGACAGCGGAAACCCCCUCUCCUCCUCCUCCCCCGAAGAAAAAUGGAAACAACCCUGGCGCCGCAGCAUAACCUCCACCCCUUCCACCUCCGGAACCGUCACCCCCACCCCUUCCUUCCCCUCCCCAGGAAAAUCUCGAACCAAACCCACCCACGAUCUCUCACAUGUCCAAAAAUUAUAUUCUCAUCCCCAGGCUUGGGGACAAUGUAAGAAUUUCCUCAACACUUACCUCAAAGGCAUCGAACGUCAAGACGUCUCGUCAACCUCCAAAGCCGCGGAAAUCGUCGCGCAAGACGUGAGUCGUACUUCCGCGGCCAUCUCCAGCGCCAUCGCGGCGAAAUUCAACGCUUUGGCUUUUCUGGCGAAGGGGAUUGAGGAUGUUGAGGGCAAUUCUACGAGGUUUUUCGUGUUGAGGAAUAAACAUGCCCUCGAGCGGCAGCGGCAGCAACUGCAGCAGCAGCAAGCGGGACAUUUGUCUUCUGCUGGCGCUGCUGCUCCUCCUUCAUGUUAUAAAUCUCUGGUGUUAUUCACAGUCGAUCACAAGCGGUAUGGGAGUUUCGCGGACGCUUUGGCGGUGUUUAAGGGCUUUGGGUUGAAUUUGACGAGUUGUAAUUCGAGGCCUGUUGGGGGAGGGAAGAAUGGGGAGGAGGAAAUGUGGAGGUAUGUGUUUUUUGUGGAGUUUGAAUUUGAAGGAGGUGCGGAUCGGGAAGGGGAUGUGGGGAAGGCGUUGGAGGAGUUGGGGAAGUAUACGAAGGGAUUGAGACUGGUGGGCACGUGGGAGAGUCAGUUGAAGGAGGGGGAGGAGAAAGAGGAGGAGAAAGAGGAGGAGGUGGUGUGGAUAUGCCAGCUGGUCUUGGAAGUAUGGAUUCCUUCUGAGCAGGAGGGAAUAGGUCAUGAUGAAAUCAGCUGUACCUGGGAUGUUCACUCCCACAUAAAUAUCAACACUCCUUCUCUCUACAAGAGGAUCCGGGCUGUAGAUGUACCUUUCAGUCUGUUUCGAGCAGGACCUUUCUUGAUCGGAACUGACGCUUCCCCCUCUCUCGAAUCGUUCCAUUUCCACCCCAUCAGCAUCGAGGGUGGUAGAGCACAUCAGAGAGAGGUAUCGACGAGAGGCGAGGAGUACACGUAUGCCUUGACGGCUAUCAUGCAUCGAGGCUUAGCAGUCAUACAGCCAGCAGGCGGCUUCAGCGGGAGCUUGAAUGCCAUCUCGUCAAGGCGGGACAGGGCUAUUUUCGGUAGCAGCUCAUUGCACAGUCUGAUGUAUGGAAAUCUCAGAGUCGAAUGGCUGAUAUUCAUCGCAAAGCAUGUUGAGACUGCAGGAAUGAUCGUGAAAGGUGGAAACGCUUCAAUCUCCUCUUCCUCACCGAACUCCGUAGCUGAGAGGUUCUACUGGUCCGCGAAACGAUUCUCUCAGCCUGAAUGCGCUCUCCAAAGAUCUCCCAAACCGCAAUCCGUCUCAAUACCCAGUCGGUCGCAUGCUGUCACCCAUGGAACAGCAUUCGCUUGCGAGCCGCUUGAUUUGAUGCUCUGCGCUACUCUGCUCGGUACCGAUGAAGCUCAGUACCUGUGUAGCCUUUCUAUUCCCUUCACGCGGGCUCCGAAAGCUUUAAUCGUAUUGUGGAGCCAUUCGUUCUGCAAAUGGUGA